GAAAUCUCAACAGCGGAACAAAGUUAUUUAACUGCAGAUUUGAGUCGGUAUGUAAACAGUGUAGCACAUCAUCAACAUGUCCAGUGCAGCAAGAGGUUUUGUAGCUAGACGGUCAAACUAAGUACUUUAUUAACACAAAUGAAAGCCAGGCGUUAGUCAUAUUUAGAUGAACAGUAGCCAUGAAACUGUACCAGGCUCUCCGUAAUGGCGGCAAGUUCAGAACCGUUUUCGACUUCGGUGGACGGGAAGUGGCUCAUUGGUUCCCCGGACACAUGGCUAAAGGACUCAAGCAGAUGAGAGCCAGCCUCAAGAGUGUGGACUGCAUCAUAGAAAUCCAUGAUGCCAGAAUCCCCUUCUCUGGAAGAAACCCUGCGUUUCAGGAGACUCUAGAUGUCAGACCACAUCUGCUGAUCCUCAACAAGAUGGACCUCGCUGAUCUGUCCAACAAGCAGAGAAUCCGGAAGAAGCUAGAACAAGAUGGGGUGAGGAAUGUUCUCUUCACAGACUGUUUGAAGCAGAGAGACGACAACAUCAAAAAGUUGGUGCCAAUGGUGGUGGAAAUUAUUGAGAGCAAACCACGCUUUAACAGAGAUGAGAAUACAAAUUAUUGCCUGAUGGUGAUUGGAGUGCCCAAUGUGGGGAAGUCAUCUCUUAUUAACUCAUUACGAAGAACAAACUUGAAAAAAGGUCGUGCAUCUCGUGUAGGUGGGGAGCCAGGUAUAACUAAAGCGGUCCUGACUAAAAUUCAGGUGUGUGAGCGACCCAUAAUGCACCUGUUGGACACACCAGGAGUCUUGCCUCCUAAGAUUGAGAGUGUUGAAACAGGCAUGAAGCUGGCUUUGUGUGGAACUAUUCUGGACCAUUUAGUGGGUGAAGACAUUAUCGCUGACUACUUACUCUUUUCUCUGAACAGGCUAGGGAGGUUCAGUUAUGUGGAGAAAUACAACCUCCAUGAGCCUAGCGAUGACAUCCAGCAUGUUCUCAAACGCAUUGCUGUAAAACUUGGAAAGACUCAACGGGUCAAAGCCAUUACUGGAGUGGGGAACAUUACCAUCACUGUCCCAAACUACACAGCCGCAGCUUACGAUUUCAUUAGAGCCUUCAGGAAAGGAGAGCUGGGACGAGUAAUGCUGGACUGACCUGAGCCAUUUUAAUGAAGAUAACCAGAGACUGUUUGCCCUCAACCUGGAAGGAUUUAUAUUUAACCACAAAAGCGUCAUCAAGGGAAUAUAGUCCAUCUCUGUCCUCAUGCUUUUGACAUUUUGGGGACAUGAUGUUUGGUUUAUGGAUGAUGUAAAAAGUCACCAAAGCACUGUAUGUAUCCUUUGUAGAUAAAAGAAUUUAACUUCGGGUUUGA